CUUCUCCAAAUAUCACCUCGAGACCCCUCCCCUCUUGAACAAACCACCACCAACAACCCCCCCAAAUCCAGCACACAGGGAGCCUGACCAACACCACUCCAAAAUGGCCACCCCACUCACCGCGACCCCGUCCCGCACGGCAACCCUCCUCAGCAACCUCACCACCGUCUCCCUCCGCAUCACGACCGCCGCCACCUCCACCUCCACCACCACCUCCAGCCAGCCCAAAGAACCGCGCCUCGUCGCCGUCUCCAAACUCAAACCGGCCUCCGACAUCCUCGCCCUGCACACGGCCCCGCCCACCGGCGCCGGCCACCUGCACUUCGGCGAGAACUACCAGCAAGAGCUUCUCGAGAAGUCGCGGCUCCUGCCGGGGACCAUCCGAUGGCACUUCAUCGGCGGCCUGCAGUCGAACAAAUGCGUGACGCUGGCGCGGGAGGUCCGCGGCCUGUGGGCCGUCGAGAGCGUGGACAGCAAGAAGAAGGCCUCGCUGCUGAACAAGGGGUGGGGCGAGCGCGCCCCCGCGCUGCGGCGGGAGGACCACGCGGCCCGGCUGCGCGUCUUCGUGCAGGUCAACACCUCCGGCGAGGCGGAGAAGUCCGGCGUCGAGCCGGGCGGCGACGCGGUCGAGCUGUGUCGCUUCAUCCGCGAGGAGUGUCCGGGCCUCCGGCUGGCGGGCGUGAUGACUAUCGGGGCGAUUGCGAGGAGUCGCGCGGUGAAGGAGGGGGAGGAGAAUGUGGAUUUUCUGGCGUUGAGGGCGGUCAGGGAUGAGGUUGUGCAGGGGUUGGGAUUGGCGGGGGAGGAGGAGCGGUUGGAGUUGAGUAUGGGCAUGAGUGAGGAUUUUGAGGGCGCGAUUCGGUUGGGGAGUGAUGAGGUGAGGGUUGGGACGGGAAUCUUUGGCGAGAGGCCGCCGAGGGAGGAGGCGAGGGUUGUUUAGG